CUGCUGUCACUCUGCCGAUGCGAGAAUCGCCCAGCAGCAUCUCGAGCAGUCGAGCGCAGCGAAAAAUGCAUUGAAAUACGCAUCUUAGGACAUUUCCAUCCCUUUUCUGUCUGCCAUGAGGGCGUGUGAUAGGAAUAAUGUGGAUGUUUGCACCGGAGCACGGGCCUUUAUUUUGGGAGAAAUGCGGAUUGUUUUGCGCUUGAGGUCUUAACGCAGAAAAUAUAUUUUUAAAAUGAAGAAGCAAUUCAAUCGGAUGCGACAGCUCGCCAACCAGACCGUUGGCAGGGCAGAAAAAACAGAGGUCCUGAGUGACGACCUGCUACAGGUGGAGAAGCGUUUGGAUCUGGUGAAGCAGGUCUCUCACAGCACACAUAAGAAACUGACCGCCUGUCUGCAGGGUCAACAAAGCGCUGAUAUAGACAAGAAAUCAGUCAAAUCACCCGCGAAAAAACUGCCUCUGACAACACUCGCUCAAUGUAUGGUUGAAGGUGCGGCUGUUUUAGGAGACGACUCUCUUUUUGGCAAGAUGUUGAAACUCUGUGGGGAUACGGAGGAGAAGUUGGCCCAAGAGCUGCUUGUUUUUGAGUUACAGAUUGAAAGAGAUGUUGUGGAGCCUCUAUACGUGCUGGCUGAGGUGGAAAUCCCGAACAUUCAGAAACAGAGGAAACAUUUAGCCAAGCUUGUCCUAGACAUGGAUUCUGCAAGGACACGGUGGCAACAGUCAUCCAAAUCCUCGGGUCACCCCAGUAAUAUACAGCCGGGCGGAGCCAAGUCUGAUUCCCUGAGAGAGGAGAUGGAAGAGACAGCCAAUCGGAUGGAGAUCUGCAGGGAUCAACUAUCAGCAGACAUGUACAACUUUGUGGCCAAAGAAAUAGACUAUGCAAACUACUUUCAAAUGCUCAUAGAGGUUCAAGCAGAGUACCACAGGAAGUCUCUGGAGAUUCUUCAGGGUGUGCUGCCACAGAUCAAAGCACACCAGGAGGCCUGGAUAGAGAAGCCAUCAUAUGGGAAACCUUUAGAGGAACAUCUGGCCCUCAGCGGAAGAGAGAUCGCCUUUCCCAUUGAAGCUUGCGUCACCAUGUUGCUAGAGUGUGGCAUGCAGGAGGAGGGUUUAUUUCGUGUAGCCCCCUCAGCCUCCAAACUGAAGAAACUUAAGGCAUCUCUGGACUGCGGGGUUCUUGACGUUCAGGAAUACUCAGCCGAUCCGCAUGCUAUCGCAGGGGCGCUGAAAUCUUACCUUCGUGAACUUCCUGAACCUUUAAUGACCUUUGAUCUCUAUGAUGAGUGGAUUCAGGCCUCAAACAUUCAAGAUAUGGAUAAAAGGCUACAAGCCCUGUUAGCCACAUGUGAUAAACUACCUACGGACAAUCUGAACAACUUAAGAUAUUUAAUCAAAUUCUUAGCCAAACUCACAGAGUAUCAGGAUGCUAAUAAAAUGACACCAGGUAACAUUGCAAUAGUUCUUGGACCAAACCUCCUGUGGAUCAAUUCGGAAGGGAACAUGACAGAAAUGAUGACCACCAUGUCCCUGCAAAUCGUUGGCAUCAUUGAGCCGAUUAUCCAGCAUGCGGACUGGUUCUUCCCCGGAGAUAUUGAGUUCAACUUGACAGGCUGUUACGGCAGCCCGGUCCACACCAACCACAACUCCAACUACAGCUCCAUGCCGUCUCCAGACAUGGACCAAUCAGAUCGCAAGCAGCAGCACGACCAGGGUCGACGCCCACUCAGCGUUGCUACUGACAACAUGAUGCUGGAAUUUUACAAGAAGGAUGGCAGCAUCAGGAAAAUUCAAAGCGUGGGUGUCAGAGUGAUGGACACGUCUUGGGUGAAAACAAAAGGUUCCUCUACGCUGACCCGCAAAGCCUCAUCCACCCCUCCUGGUGCACAGCUGCCCGGUUCUCCCGCUGACACCCUGAUCACAGAACAGCCCGGCGAGCUGGCCACAUCUCCAAUUCCAACACCCCCUCUCGGAGACCGGGGCAGCUCAGACGACGUGUCGCCCAAUCGGCCGGAUUCCUCACAUGUCUAUACGUCCCACGUGGAGGAGCGGCCCCCUCCCCCUUACCCUUCCUCUUCCUCUCACUCCGUCCCUCAUCACUUCUACCCCAAACCACCUCCCUGCGCUCGGCCCGUAGCCCCCGGCCCCGAGUCUCAGCCUCCCAGCUCCCCUCCUCAACCCCUGCGCUGGGCCGGCUUCACCCCCCCUCAGCCACAGCUCCCACCCCAGCCACCCCCUUCCUCUUCCUCACUCGAUAUCAACUCCAACCCCAAACCUAGCUGCCUGCACUUCCCCAAACACGGCCCAGCGUGUGAUGCGCCACAUGCCGCGCCGCCUGACGCCAAUGCCUCUCCCCUCUACGUUAAAACUCCUCUCGUGCUGACCCGGCAUGACAUGUCCCUCGGAAACCCCCCUAGCCUCCCCUCCUCUGCUACCCCACCGUGGGCUGCCUGUCCAUGUGCCCGUGAGCGAGGACCCCCCAGGCUGACUAGCACUCUAAAGAGCAAGGAACUCUCUCCUGUGAUUGGCCACAAGGCUAUGCAGGCGGCAGGAGCAACAGUGCCCCCUGUCUGCGGUCAGCAGAGCAACAGUCAGUCUCCCCACUCGGCCGAGCACAGCCCACACACCUUACGCACAGCCUCUAAGAAACUUGCCCCUGUGCCGCCCAAGGUUCCAUACGGCCAGUCGGGGGGAAUGUCAGACCAAUCCACAGGUCAGCCGUCUCCGGUUAGCCUGUCCCCCACUCCCCCAAGUACUCCCUCGCCUUACGGUCUGGGCUGUCCACCUGGACAUGCGCCCGCCUCUUCCCCAGGCCAGACCCCAUUAGGGGGAACCCAUUCGUUGUCCUCUCCGCCCUCUCUGACCGGUACACUCACAAAGUCCAGGCCCACCCCAAAGCCCAGGCAAAGACCCAGCCUGCCCCCUCCCCAACCACCCACUGUCCCCUCUACGGUCCCCCAGCCCCUGGAGCAGGGUCUACUUGAUGGAUUGUCCCCCGGGGAGAGCAUGUCCACAGCUGUGUGAGGCCAGGGACUGAGUGUGGGCUGAAUGUGAGGGGGACAUUAGGGUAAGCCAGAACCUGCUGUGCCCGUGCCAUAGCCUCAUCUCACGCACGCCAUCUGGGCUGGUGCUGUCGCUGAAUCCGGGGCCUACCGCAGCCUUGCUCUGUCUCAUAUAUUAACUCUAUCUUUCUAUCUCUAGCUCUCUCAUUCUCUCGCAGUUUCUAGGGCUGUCUUGGGCUUCUCCAUUUUGUCAGUGUAGUUCUGUGCAUGGUGUGAGACUGGUCUGUGCAUGGCUUACGGCCUUACCUCUCAGAGAGACAUCGCACAUUUCAACAUUUCAACAGCGCUUAUGGCCCUGACCUCACAUCUUGUUUCAUACACUCAUGACCCCACCUCCAAUAGCCCCACUGUCACAAAGAGAGGCGGUUCCAGGUAAACCCGACCAAACUCUUUGCCUCCGCGAUUACUCCAUCCGCGUCCAUUUCAUUUACGCAUAGGGGAGGUCAUCACAAUCAGAAUACAGUUCACAAAUCUGCAUAGUCCAAUGACAAGAUUUUUGCUGUUACCACUUUGCACCCAUCUUGUUGUCUCUAUGUGGAGUUUUUUGGUCAGUGUGGUCGGUGUUUGGGGUAACGCACAUUACAUAACGCGAUACUUGCCUUACUUUCCAACUGGCAAGAAAAGUAACAUGUUAUUUUGUGAAUUCCCUGCAUAAUGAUAAUGUAUUACUUUUAAUUGUUUUAUUUUAUUAGUAAAGCAAUUCAUAACCUCUUUCUUCCCCAAAAACAAAAUUUUAGAUUUAUGUCCUGCUCACCUGAUCUUACAGGAAAAUGUACCUAUUUUUGUAUGAAUUCGCAACAAGUAAAUUGUACAGAAAGUUUGAAUGUUUAGUUAAGAAAAGCACGAAUGAAACUCCACCCUUAACCCCAAAAUAACGAGGCGUUUAAUGGUUAAACUUUUAAAAGUAACAGUACCCAACACUGAGGAUGGUUAAUAUUAAUCUGUUUGUCUUUCCUGAAAAUCUACAUAAAGCUUUAUGUGUUUAUAUUUCCCUUGGAUUUUGCACUAGGGCAGGUGUAGAGACCACUAUCGAAUGAAUCAAAUCUUCCUCCCCAAUGGCCCAAUUUGACUGAAUCCCUGUUUUACGUUCCCCUCUGUCGCAACAGAUUCAACACCCUUCGCUUACUUGACCUCUAACAGCAGCUUGAAAUCUGAAAGUACUUUUUGCUUUCUCUUUGUCUUUCAUCAUCGCCAUUUCCAUCGUUUUUCUGUUUAAACAUGUCUUUCUUCCUUCACCUUUGUGGCCAUCGCUCUCAUUUCCCAUGAUCCUCUAGCAGAUUUCUUCAGUUUGGAAAUCCCCUCCAUCAAUGUCAAUCUGGACAGCCUGCUGGACGAGUUCAGGGUGGUUCCAUGUCGGAGCUCCUUUGCCACGGUCAGUUCUCCGGAGGGGGAGUCUGUGUCCGAGGAGGAGGGCCAG